AUGGGACGUGAACAACAAUCCGAUGCUCCGGGAAAAUGGUAUCAUUCAACGGAGUGCACGUCGGAUGACGGUGACCGUCUUGUCGACCUAUGUGAGCAGACGGGCCUUGACGCAUCAACUUACGUGGCAUGGUUCAACCCAUUCAACGCCCGAAGAGCAGAGCAAGCGGAUGAUGGGGACGUUCAGACUUCAGCUCCACUACGUUCUGACGAGGAAAACACUCCCGGUUAUGAUGCCGCAAAAAUUUGCCUCCGCAUCUGCGGAAACAAGAUCGACUUACAAUUGUGCGCAUGUACGCUUGCAUCGGAAGCGGCCAUCGAAGAUCUGAUGAUGCAGGCCAGGAAGAUCAAGUACGACGUCAUCGGACUGACCGAGACAAGACGACGUCACCCUCUGGACGCCAUAUGA